AUCGUUCCUCUUGCGACGUAGCCAAUAGAAAGUUACGUUACGCCACGCCGCUUUCGCGGGAGACUUGAUGUGGCUCGCGGCCGAUCAAGAAAGCCUUGCUCGAGCUAAUGUUAUAGCAUCAUGCGCCGAUCGGCAGCUCCCAGCCAGCAGUAUGGAAAUGUGACCAAGAGGCCCAGGUUUGUUCCCCCGGGGGCCACCCAGUCCAGCCCAGGUCCCAGGCCAGGGCCAGCAGCAAAACAACCUCAGCCCAUGGCAUGCAGCACAAUUAACCAGGUACGAAAGUCUGUUCCUGAGCAGAAACGUGAAGCUUCUGUCCUGUCUAAUGCACUGGCAAAAAUUCUAAAUGCUGUUCCACUGGGAGAGUCCAAAGAGAAUUGCACAGUGCUGCAGAAUUGCUCCCCUUUACCCUGCAGUGAGCAGCAUCCCCCAGAGGACAAACUCAGCGCUGGUUUCCAGCGCCCAUUGGAGGACCCCCUGCCUCCAUGUCCCAGCAGGCCCGGCGUUUCUCCCCCGGGUCCGAACCCCCCGCGCGUGUCGCAGACGGGUCACGCCGGGCCGGACUGCGGCGCCCGGUACUUCAGUGUGAUGUGGUGCAAGGCGUCCAAGAAGAAGCACAAGAGGUGGGAGGGGGACGCGGUGCUGGUGGCGCGGGGGCGGAGCGUCGUCCUGAAGGACAUGGAGGGCAAGGACAUCGGGAGAGGCACCGGCUACAAGUCCUCGGAGCUGGAGAGCCUGACGGAGGGCCAGUCUCUGAUGGUGGGCGGGAAGGAGGUGGAGGUGAUGGGCACCGUCUCCGCGGAGGACUUUCGUAGCGGACGCUGCUUCCAGGAGGCGGGGACCGAGACGUCGGCGACGGAGGCCCCGCCCGUUCGAAACCCCGUAUCCAAGCCCUUUUCCAGACCCUCGCUGAAGGGGGGCGGGGUGAACCAGCGAGCCCCGCCCCCAGAGGGGCUGGCCUGCGGGCCUCGACACGACCCUCUUGCACCAGGAGCCCUGGUCAUGCCGAGGCCCACAGAGAACCACCAGUGGGUGUUUAACAAAGCUGGCCUGCCCGUGGUGGACGUCGUGGUGGACCCGCACCUCACCGCACACCUCAGGCCCCACCAGAGGGAGGGUGUGGUCUUCCUGUACGAGUGCAUCAUGGGAAUGAGGGCGGGUUCCCGGCACGGGGCGAUCCUGGCGGACGAGAUGGGCCUGGGGAAGACCCUGCAGUGCAUCGCGCUGGUGUGGACGCUGCUGCGGCAGGGGCCCUAUGGGGGCCGGCCGAUGGCCCGCCGCGUGCUGGUGGUCACCCCCGGCAGCCUGGUGAAGAACUGGGCGGCCGAGUUCCAGAAGUGGCUGGGGAGAGAGAGGAUAAGCGUCUUCACUGUGGAUCAGGACCACAAGGUGGAGGAGUUUGUGAACUCGCCCCUGUGCAGCGUGCUGGUGAUCAGCUACGAGAUGCUGCUGCGCUCGGUGGAGCAGGUGGAGCGGGUGGAGUUCAGCCUGCUCAUCUGCGACGAGGGCCACCGGCUGAAGAACAGCAGCAUCAAGACCUCCUCCGCCCUCAGCGGCCUGGCCUGUGUGCGCAGGGUCAUCCUCACGGGGACUCCGGUUCAGAACGACCUGCAGGAGUUCUACUCCAUCAUUGAGUUUGUGAACCCAGGGGUGCUGGGCUCGUCUGCGGCCUACAGGAAAGUGUACGAGGAGCCCAUCCUCUGGUCCCGCCAGCCCUCCGCCACCGAGGAGGAGAGGCGCCUGGGGGAGGAGCGCGCGGCGGAGCUGGGCCGCCUCACGGGCCUGUUCAUCCUGCGCCGCACGCAGGAGAUCAUCAACCGCUACCUGCCGCCCAAGCGGGAGUGGACCCUCUUCUGCCGGCCCGCGCCCCUGCAGCUGGAGCUGUACCGCCGCCUCCUGUCCCACCGCCUGGUCCGCGCCUGCCUGCAGGGGGCGCUGGAGAACAGCCCGCACCUGGCCUGCAUCGGGGCCCUCAAGAAGCUCUGCAACCACCCCGGCCUGCUCUACGCCACCAUCCAGGAGAAGGAGUCUGUACGAGUGGAACAUUCCGGUUCAGAGGUCUCCCUGUAUGAAGGCUUGGGGGAGCUGUUCCCUGAGGCCUACUCCACCGGAGGCCUUAACAUCGGCGACUCUGGCAAGCUCCUGGUCCUCACCGACCUGCUGGCUGCCGUCCGCCAACUCAGCCCCUCCGACAGGGUGGUGCUGGUGUCCAACUACACCCAGACCCUGGACCUGCUGGGGGACAUGUGCUCUCACCUGGGCUACAGCUGCUGCCGGCUGGACGGACAGACGCCGGUGGCCCAGAGGCAGAAGCUGGUGGACCGGUUCAACGGCAGGUUCGCCACGGACUUCGUCUUCCUGCUCAGCUCCAAGGCCGGGGGCGUGGGGCUCAACCUGGUCGGCGCCUCCCAUCUGGUCCUAUACGACGUUGACUGGAACCCGGCCAAUGACAUGCAGGCGAUGGCCAGAGUGUGGAGAGACGGACAGAAGAAGACCGUCCACAUCUACCGCUUCCUUACCGCAGGCACCAUAGAGGAGAAGAUCUACCAGAGGCAGGUGAGUAAGCAGGGUCUCUCGGGCGCGGUGGUGGACCUGUCCAAACGGGCCGAGCACAUCAGCUUCUCCAGCGAGGAGCUGCGCGACCUCUUCACCCUGCACGAGGACUCGGACUGCGUGACCCACGACCUGCUGAGCUGCAGCUGCCACGGCGACGGCAGUCAGCCGGGUGCGGUUGAGGAGGCGAGACCCGUGGAGGAGAGGCCCUGUCAGCUGGGUCGCCGUGGUGACAGACGCAGCUCGCAGAAGCACCUUACCAUGUCCGAGCUCAUGCAGUGGAGACACUAUUCGGGCAAGGUCCCCUCCUUCUCUGACGCCUACCUGGACAGAGCGAGGACCCACGUCACAUUCGCCCUCCAGAGCGCCACCACUGAGGGGGAGGUCCCUUCCGCGCCAGGCCCCGCCCACAUCUGACAACAGAGGAAAAAACCACUCCCCAAGUUUGACGGUCAGCCUUCAUUUGGAAAAGCUUAAAUCACUGGUGUCUACAAAGACUGUAUUGGAUGGACACAUUAAACAAUUGUCAUUUUUAAUGAAUUCUGUUUUGGAAUGUU